AUGAACAGUGUUUGGGAUGAUGCUAGAAUAGAGGACAGAACGGUGGACAAACCAGUAGGCUCCUCUCACGCUCAGGAGAAACUCGCGCUGGUAAAAUCAACUUUGUUUAAACUUGACCAAGAAGAUAGACCAGAAUGCGAUUCCUGGGUACAACUAGUCAAAUUGAUCUGCGACGAAGACCGUGAAGAAGAAUUUACUACAUUCAAGGAGUUAUUAAGGGAAGUCAAAAACGUUAAUGAUAAAUCCGUCACAGGCGUUGCCUUGAUUCAUUAUAUCAUUGUAUUUGAUCGUGCAGACUACAUUGAGUUACUACAUGAUAAUCCUUCUGGUGCAAAAUUAGAUUUGAAUCUUGUCGACGACAUUGUAGGUUACACACCUUUGAUGUGGAGUUUCAGUCUGCAGAGAAGGAACUGUUGCUUGGAGCUGUUCAACGCAUUCGACGAGAUAAACUUCAACAUGACGAAUAAGGCUGGAUUAACCGCUUGGGAUAUGGUUCCUCCAUAUUCACCACUUUCGGAAUUUUUGGAACAAAACAAUAUGUUUCGAUACCGUACCGAAGUAAAACAUGAAAUACCUCAAAUUUCCCAACCGAAAGACACCUCUCUUCUAAUGAGUAAUGAAGACUCUACCACGAAAGAAACUUUUGAUAAUAUUGACUUACAAGUCGCCGGUUUGACCCUGUCCCCUGGUGCAAAUGACAACAUGUUUCUGGAUUCUGAUGAAAAGAACAUGAAUCAUUCUCAGGGAGCUGCAACCCUAAUAGAUCCCACAUAUACAGAAGACUACCACGGUACAUUUGAUUAUGAUAAACUAUCUCCGGACCAAUACUUGGAAUUUUCCGACUUUGAUAUACCACAAAUCCUGAAUCUAUUGAUAUCGCUACCACAAAAGGAACCUCACAUGACCACCUAUCCAGCUGGUUUAAUAUACCAAUGUAUUAGAUAUGCUGAUCAUAAGAUAAAGUCCAAGCCACUAGUAGAAUCGUUAAUUAACUUAUCUCUAACAAAAAUUCUGACCAGUGUUUCAUCCAACGGAGCUGCAGGAUUGGUCUCCACAGAAGCUUCUUUGCAAGCAGGUGACAUUGUAUUGCAAUCGUAUUGGUUAAGUUGUUUAUCUUUUCUCUAUUACUACCUCUGUAGAGAUGAUUCAUUUUUCAAGAGGCAUCCAAGCGUGUUACAAGAGCUGAUUAACACCAUCCACUCUAUUAUCAUAGAACUGACAUCUUCCAUUCAUUGCAGGUUGAUUUCUUUGAUAGAUUCAACUUUACUAGCAUACACAACAAUCCAGGACGUUAAACAAACUUUAUACAAAAGAGACUGGAACUUUUUUAAAAAGAGAAAGCAGGCCAAGCUUUUAUUGAAGGAAAAGAACAGAAAACAAUUAAAGGAACAACAAAAGAAAGAACUUCAUCGAAAAAGCCAGGGUCAAGAAAAUCAUGAAGAAGAGGAGGGUCAACAAGAUGGGAAUGAUUCAGAUGAUAGGGCAUCAACAAAUGAUGAUAACAAUUCUAGUGUUUCACUCUUUUAUGAUAAAGAAAUUUUGAGACAUUUAUAUCCUCCAUCAUUCGAAGAGCAGAUGAAACCCUCUCCACUAAAGAUUGUUCAAAUAUUUGGUGCCUUGUCUUACGUUCUUAAUUUACAUCAAACGCAUCCGAUUUUCCAACAACAGUGUCUCUCUAUUUCAGUUAACUGGUUUGCCACGACCUUAUUCAAUAAGAUCUUAAAGGACAAAAAGAAAAGAUCUUUAUCAAGAGCCCAUGCUAUUCAAAUCAGGUUAAAUCUUUCAACUCUAGAAUCAUGGAUACAGAACAACGAUUUCUGUGUUCCUAAACCGAUGCUUAUUGAUGACUUCAUGUGGCAGCGCUUUCCAAUGACUUUAAUUCGCGACGUUGGCGAGAUAGAUUUAUCGGAUCCGAUACUAAGAAAUGUAGCAACUUACAAACCUAUAGAUGAAAAUAACAAGGACUUGAUAUAUGAUACGUCAAACUCAUUAUUUUACUACCAACCUUUCCAUAAGAUCGCCCAAAUUCAUCUUGAGCCAGUUUUCCAACUAUUACAAUGGUUGCAAGUAGCUACAACACUAGAUAGUGAAGAAUCAUUAAUAUCAACAAUGAAUUUAUUACCAAGAAUUACACCAGUACAGCUCCUAAAGUCUAUGGAAAAAUACAAUUACGAAUUGAAUGAAAAUAAAUUCAACUCCAAACUGAAGAAAUUUUUAAACAACAAAAUCAAAGAUAGUAAGAUGAGCAAGGCAGACGCGUAUUUACAAGAACAUGAAAUACCGUAUCUAGUUUUACCAACUAUACCCGAAAUGACAGACUUGUAUUCAAAGGGUCCUGAUUCACAUUCUUUCCAACCGUUUUUACCAGGCAGUAUCCAAGACGAUGUUUAUGAAAUUCACGAUGUCAACUUCAAACAAAGACAAAAUGAACCACAGAUAUCUCGGACUAACUCGGGUACCUCAGAUUUUACUGGAGAUGAGGAUAAGGCGCAAUAUGAAACUGAAGGGGUAGGGGAAAGUAUAGAUAUUAACGAAACAGUCGAACCCGAGAGCAACGCGUUCAAUGUAGGUAAUGAUGAUUAUUUUAAAGAAUUAAAUAUUCCGUCUUCAACUGCUCAACGUCCUGCUUGGUCGAAUAAUGAUGAUAUGGAACAAAAUCCGUGGUAA